AUGAAAGCUGAGCUUGAGCAGGAGGUCAUCUUCGUUGCAGACUUCUGCGACCACAAGACGCUGCACAAUCUGCGGGACCCCCAGGCGAGUGCUUUUCACGCGCCUCUGGGGGAGGGGCGCACUUUAAAGACGUGUGGACUUAGCCGCGUGAUAGCGAUAGCCUUUGCCCCGGAGAGGAAAAUUUUGGGAGUUGACUUGGUGAAGAGGUUCGAUCCGUGGACUGUGUCCGGAAAGCUCAAGCGCUUGGCGACUAGAGUUGCAGAAAUGGGUCUUAGGGCCGAGCAUUUCCAAAGCGCAGUAAGAGUGCUCGAGGCAGGGCCGCCGAGCGGCGCGGAAGUUGCGCCCUCAUUAGAGGCUCAGGAUGUCCGAGCUCUAGCGAUGGAAUGGAACGAGUCGCAGGACCUUCAGAGCUUUACGGAGGAGUAUGAGGAGGAGCCUCGAGCUGAUGACUCGUGCGUGGAGCUAGAGGUCCGAGUGGAGUCCUUAGUGCAAGAAGUCGAAACGCACUUAGAAAUAGGGACUGCAACAGCGGAAACGUAAAGUCCCAUUCUGGGAUAUCCUUCGGAUACUCUGUGGAGACUCGGCGCACUCUUCCAAGCAACUCGGAAGCAACUAUGGCACGCUAUCUCAACGACGAACAGAAUGCACAAGUGACACUGGAGCAGCUUCAGAGGCUAGAUGCGCUGAAUCUGAGGAGUGACCUUUUACACCAUGCUCGGGAUGCGAUGAUCCGACAACGCGGAAUCGAGGUCGAGAGCGCUCUGAAUGGGGUGGGCAUACGGAAGGGGUGUCGCAAAGGUUUUCAGGGUUGGCCGGAUGAUUUCGCUGUUACGAAUUACACUUUCAAAUUAGGUAUCACACGUUAGAUAAGGUAAUCGCCUGCCAAAGGAAAAGGCUGAUCGACCGAUUGUAAGUAGCUACAUUGCCUGAGACCCCCAGGAGAUCGAAGGGUAAGCUAGGCUAGUAAGCUGAGGACUAUGAAACACAAAAUCCCGUGCGCUUUUCAAAACAGACUAUGUUGUCAUGCUGACAGAAGACGGUAUAUAAUCUUAUCAUAGACGCUUACUUCGAUAGUUGAGG